CCACAUGUGCUUCUGAGCAGAGGGUUGCAUGGCUAACUACAUUUCUUGUAGAUUUGCCCUCGUGCCUUCUGUAUGUCGCAACUUCAACACUUCACCUGAAGAGAAAAAUCUUUGAUUCCUCCCAGAAAGCUGAUAAGUUUUAUCAACGAUGCCUUACAACAGUGAAAGAACUUUGACCUCUAUAGAUUUGCACUCGCCCUCACAAGUGUGUGUUUCUUUGGCUUUGUAAAUUGAAGAAAAAAGGUGUGAAGAGCCACAUAGAGAUAAGAUUCACGAUGAGCCGCGUCUGGGCUUUGUUCAAAGCUCACCCAUACAUCAGCAACGUUCUGGGAUACACAACGCUGUUUGCCUCAGCCGACCUCAUCCAGCAGGGCGUACUGAGAGGGAAACCUGCCGCAGGGUCUGCAUCGAAGGAUGCACCUGGCAUAGACUGGCAUCAGACGGCUCGGGUGGCGACCGUUGGCUUCUGUUUCCAUGCCAACUUCAACUAUUACUGGCUCAGAGGGCUGGAGAGGAUGCUGCCAGGAGGUGGAGUGAAGGCGGUGGCAGGGAAGGUUGUGGUGGAUCAACUAGUUGCAGCUCCUCUUACAAUCAGUGCCUUUUAUAUUGGUUUAAGUUUAUUAGAACACAAAGAUGACCCUCUUCAAGACUGGCAACAGAAAUUCUGGACAUCUUACAAGGCUGGGGUGGUGUAUUGGUCUACAAUGCAGGCUAUGAACUUUGCAUUUGUUCCACCUGUGGCACGUACAGCGUUCCUGGGAGGUAUCGCACUGACUUUCACAAUCUUCCUGUGUCACCUCAGGCAGCAGCACAACCACAAACCCGAAUGAGCCUCACACCUUUGUGAGACUACUGUAAAAUAAUAGCUGAUGCUUGUUUGGGAGCAAAGGAAAUCUUCGGAAGAAACGAAAGAAACGUCCCCAAGGGAAUAAUUGUUACAUCUCUGUGAAUUCUUUAACCUCAGUUAUUACAGACUAGUAAUCUCAUUCAUACCUCGAUGGUCCUCAGUCUGACCUUAAUCAAAUGUUGACUUUUUGUUUUCAUUUGUUUUUUCUUUUAACAAGAUUUUAGCCAUAUUUUCUUCUGAGAACAACACAGCAUAUAAAUCCUUAUCUUACUGACCCGUUGUUAUGCGUAUCAUGAUGGAACAGAUCUGUCCCCACAUACUUUGUGACCAAUAAAGGUAAUG